GAAAAGAAGAUAAUAAUCCAAAAGAACCUCAAAAGCUAGGGUUUAAGAAACGCGGACAAAUAGGAGCACAGUAUAAAACCACCGCCUGAGCCCAACUAAACACUUUUUCGGGCAGUAAACCACUUGGGAAAGCAUCUCUCAAAUUCAAUGGCCGCGAUUCUAUCACACCCUCCUUCUUCAUUCUCAGCCGUCCGAUCAGCUGACUCAUCUUCUCUAUCCAUUUCUUCUCGCCGGAGCUUAGGAAAUGCUCUCUGUUUUCCGGCCAUUUCAGUCGCGUCUCCGGCGCGAAAUAUUCGUCGAAUUAAUUGCCAAAGCUCCGCCACUUUCGCUCCACCAGCGUCAUCAGCUGUCGAUGUCAAAGAGAAAGCAGGGCUUAAGGAUUUCCUGCACAUAACUGACUUCGACAAAGACACAAUUGUGAAGAUUUUAGACCGGGCGAAAGAGGUCAAGGCAUUGAUUAAAUCAGGAGAGAAGACGUAUCUCCCAUUUAAAGGAAAAACAAUGGCGAUGAUAUUUGCUAAGCCAUCCAUGAGGACUCGUGUUUCAUUUGAGACUGGUUUCUUCUUGCUUGGUGGGCAUGCUUUAUAUUUAGGACCGAAUGAUAUACAGAUGGGUAAGAGAGAAGAAACUCGUGAUGUUGCUCGAGUUCUGUCUCGCUAUAAUGAUAUAAUUAUGGCUCGACUAUUUGCACAUCAGGACCUUCUGGAUCUUGCUAAAUAUGCAACUGUCCCUAUUAUUAAUGGACUGACAGAUUAUAAUCAUCCCUGUCAAAUUAUGGCUGAUGCACUCACAAUAAUCGAACACAUUGGUCAACUGGAAGGGACGAAGGUUGUCUAUGUUGGUGAUGGAAACAACAUAGUGCAUUCUUGGUUGUUGCUGGCAGCAGUCAUUCCUUUCCAUUUCGUGUGUGCCUGUCCUAAAGGUUUUGAGCCUGAUGAGAAGACUGUUGAAAAGGCACGACAAGCUGGAAUCAGCAAGAUUGAGAUAACCAGUGACCCAAAGGAGGCUGUUAAAGGUGCUGAUGUUGUGUAUUCAGAUGUAUGGGCCAGCAUGGGUCAAAAGGAGGAAGCUGCGCAUCGUCGCCAAGUGUUUCAAGGAUUCCAGGUGGAUGAAGAACUCAUGAAGUUAGCAGGGCCAAAUGCAUACUUCAUGCAUUGCCUACCAGCAGAACGAGGCGUGGAGGUCACUGAUGGAGUUAUUGAGGCUCCAAACUCAAUUGUCUUCCCUCAAGCGGAGAAUCGAAUGCACGCACAGAAUGCAAUAAUGCUUCAUUCUCUUGGAUUGUAGUUGCCACCACCUACAAUACUGGGCGAUUAGUUUGCUCUAGACCUACAUUGUCUCAUGACUUGAGUAUUCAGUGUCUAGGGUGUUGACCGAAACAAGGAUUUUAAAAUUUUAGAUACCAAAACUUGUGUAUUUGAAAUAUAUGAUUCCAGUGUUGGUAUGUUCAUGAACGAUGGAUUAAAUUGGCACAGUGACGGCUUUGUUGUCUCAUAGUAUAUUUAGACAUAUAUGUGCAUGUGCUGGUUUCUUUCAA